CGUUACAAAAACUAUAGUAUUACGUUGAAAAUCAAAGCUUGAUCUUGAUUCACGAAUGUUUACCCGCCUCUUGGCUUUUUCAAAAUUAGGAGCAGAGCAUUGAGCACGCAAGUGUCAACCGAUGGAAGGAGGAGGUAGCUCGGAGAUGGAGUUCGCCGACCUCGAAGUUGCGGCGGACUCUAUCGACGCCUCUGUGAUGUUUCAUCUCGUUAUGGAUAUCCUAGGGUUUGUCCUUUACAUGCACCAACAGAUCCCUUCGAUCUUACAAGAUGUCAAUCUUGAGUUUGAUGCACUGCAUACGGAGUAUAAAGAUCUGGAGGUAGUUCUUGCAGAGACAGAAAUGAAAGCAUCUCAACGUAGAGUUCAAAAUGGAAGAAAGAGAGAAGUAAAACAUGGCAUAAAAAGGCUCCAAAAGCUGAUGAACAAUAUUGGUAAUGCCCAAACUGCCCUCAAGCUGGUCUUCAGUGAGAUCCCACAUGUUGAGGCUGUCAUUUUGGUUCUUGGAGGUAGUCCUGCUCGACCUCAACAUGUAUAUGAGCUCUGCUUUUCACAUGGACAGGAUACCCUCUCUGAUGCUUGUGAUUUUACCAAAACUAAAGCAGGAGAAGGGAUUUCAAGAAAGGCCAUCAGGACACUUGUAUCCAAAGGUGCUGGAUCUGCUUCUUAUGGAGGCCCUUCCAAGUUGUUCUUGUUGGUCAAAGCUCAUUCUUCUUUCAAUAUGCCUCUGCAUUUUCUACCCAAACGUGACUUUAGAUACAAUAAAAAGAUAGUGCCUAUGAGAUUAAGAAUCAGGUGUAGAAACCAAGAUCACCAAAUUCCUGCUCUAAACUCUGACCCUCAACCUGCAGACUCCAAUAAUAUGAUGCCUUCUUCUUCUUCAAAUGAUUACAUCUGGUUUCAAUGUCGGCAUGUUAUCAAGGGUUUGGUUUGCAAGACAUCACCAGAAGAAUGAACAAUAUGCCAUGACAGAGGUUGAUGUUGCCCACAUUCUGACAAAACCAAACCUACUUUAAGAAACAUGACAUGGAACUGACAGAAGUAAUCAAUUCAUUCAACUUCAAAACCAUUGUUGUUGGGGUUGUUCUGAAGCUGAAGAACAACAGAGUGUAGACUUAUUUCAUGGUAAAAACAGUGCAUGGAUAUGCGUACAGUUUGAUGGCGUAAUUGGUUUGCAAUAUUCAUUUAUCUAUUUUCCUUAUAUUCCCUCUUUGAUGGAUGUGACGUUUGAUUGUUAGUCAAUUAAUUUUGUAAGUUGUAUUAAUCCAACAAAUACUAGGAAAGUUAUAGUUGUGUUUGUGGAUCAGAAUUAUGUUGUUUGUUUAUUAAACAUGGAUAUGUCUUUUAAAAAGGGCAAAUAGCAGGAAAUCACAAUGCACUUUAAUCUUUUUACCUAUACAAACGAUAUACUUUACUUUUUACCAUAAUAGCAAUAUGUGAAUUAGUUCUUUACUAUAAUAGAAAUGUAAUUAUAUUUCCCUG